AUGGAGGAAAGUAGCGAGUUUGACAACGACUAUGGGGCGGACAACCUGUCCGGGUGUGAGUACACAGACUGGCAGUCGUCGGGGGCCCUCAUCCCCGCCAUCUACAUGCUGGUCUUUCUCCUGGGCACCACGGGCAACGGCCUGGUGCUCUGGACCGUGUUCCGGAGCAGCAGCCGGGAGAAGCGGCGCUCGGCGGACCUCUUCAUCUCCAGCCUGGCGGUGGCCGACCUGACCUUCGUGGUGACCCUGCCGCUGUGGGCCACCUACACGUACCGGGACUACGACUGGCCCUUCGGCGCCUUCGCCUGCAAGCUCAGCAGCUACGUCGUCUUCGUCAACAUGUACGCCAGCGUCUUCUGCCUCACGGGCCUCAGCUUCGACCGCUACCUGGCCAUCGUGAGGCCGGUGGCCAACGCGCGGCUGCGGCUGCGGGCGAGCGGGGCGGCGGCCACGGCGGCGCUGUGGGUGCUGGCCGCGCUGCUGGCCGCGCCGGCCAUGCUGCUGCGCGCCACGGUCGAGGUGCCCUCCGGCCCGGAUAACGGCACCAAGGUGCAGUGCUACAUGGACUACUCCCUGGUGGCCUCCGACAGCUCCGAGUGGGCCUGGGAGCUGGGCCUGGGCGUCACGUCCACGGCGCUGGGCUUCGUGGUGCCCUUCACCGUCAUGCUCACCUGCUACUUCUUCAUCGCGCAGACCAUCGCCGGCCACUUCCGCAAGGAGCGCGCCGAGGGCCUGCGCAAGCGGCGCCGGCUGCUCAGCAUCAUCGUGGUGCUCGUGGUGACCUUCGCGCUCUGCUGGCUGCCCUACCAUCUGGUGAAGACGCUCUACACGCUGGGCAACCUGCUGCGCUGGCCCUGCGCCUUCGACCUCUUCCUCAUGAACGUCUUCCCUUAUUGCACCUGCAUCAGCUACGUCAACAGCUGCCUCAACCCCUUCCUCUACGCCUUCUUCGACCCCCGCUUCCGCCAGGCCUGCACCUCCAUGCUCUGCUGUGGCCUCGGCCGCCGGUGUGGGGCAGCCUCCCACAGCAGCAGCGGCGGGGAGAAGUCGGCCAGCUACUCCUCCGGUCACAGCCAGGGGCUCGGCCCCAACCCCGGCAAGGGCGGGGAGCAGACCCAGGAGAAAUCCAUCCCCUACAGCCAAGAGACCCUGGUGGUGGACUAG